GCUGAAUGUGCGGGCGGUGAAACGGCAGGCCGGUAAAUAGCAGCCCGUCCUCGCCGCGGGCUCGCCCAGGAGGCGUCAUGGCGGCAGGGGGCCUGGCGGGGCUCCUGCCCGCCCAGACCCAGCUGGAGUAUGCCCUGCUCGACGCUGAUACUCCCCAGGAGAAGGAGAACUUGGUCUACCAGUACCUGAAGAAGAUGGACAGCCGGGAGCGGGACCUAACGGUGCCCGAGCUCGGCAGAGAUCUACAAUGGUUAAACACUGAAGGUCCUAUUUCUCUACACAAAGACCUUUGUGGAAAAGUUGUGGUGUUGGAUUUCUUUACUUACUGCUGCAUCAAUUGCUUGCACCUGCUGCCUGAUCUCCAUGCGUUAGAGCACCAGUACUCUGAUAAAGAUGGUCUUAUUAUUGUUGGUGUCCAUUCAGCGAAAUUCCCAAAUGAAAAAGUUCUGGAUAACAUUAAAAGUGCUGUUCUGAGGUAUAAUAUUGUCCACCCUGUAGUAAAUGAUGCAGAUGCAACACUGUGGCAUGAACUAGAAGUGUCCUGCUGGCCAACUCUGGUCAUUCUCGGGCCUCGUGGAAAUAUGCUGUUUUCGCUCGUUGGAGAGGGACACAGAGAGAAGUUGGUUUUAUUUACUUCUAUAACACUGAAAUUCUACAAGGAGAGAGGACAAAUCAAAGAUAACAACAUUGGAAUAAAACUAUACAGAGACUCCCUCCCACCUUCUCCCCUGCUGUUUCCUGGCAAAGUGACCGUAGAUAAUUCAGGAGAAAGGCUGGUAAUAGCAGACACUGGACAUCAUAGGAUUUUGGUUACUCAAAAAAAUGGACAAAUUCUACACACUAUUGGAGGUCCAAACAGUGGAAGGAGAGAUGGAAGAUUUUCAGAGGCAGCUUUCAACUCACCACAAGGGAUUGCUAUUAAAAAUAACGUUAUUUAUGUAGCUGAUACAGAAAAUCACCUAAUUAGAAAGAUUGACCUGGAAUUAGAGAUGGUGACCACUGUAGCAGGCAUUGGGAUACAAGGUGUUGAUAAGGAAGGUGGAGCAAAAGGAGAAGAACAGCCUAUCAGCUCUCCGUGGGAUGUGGUCUUCGGAAAUUCAAUUUCAGGGACCCAGGAAGAUGAUGUUUUAUGGAUAGCAAUGGCAGGCACUCAUCAGGUAUGGGCACUGAUGUUGGAAGGUGGAAAACUACCAAAGGGAAGUGAUUUAAAGAAAGGAGUCUGCCUUCGAUUCGCUGGGAGUGGAAAUGAAGAGAACAGAAACAAUGCAUACCCGCAUAAGGCAGGCUUUGCACAGCCUUCAGGUCUCUCUCUGGCUUCUGAGGAACCAUGGAACUGCCUUUUUGUAGCGGAUAGCGAGAGCAGCACUGUGCGAACCAUCUCUCUGAAAGAUGGAGCAGUGAAGCACCUUGUAGGAGGAGAGAGAGAUCCACUGAAUUUGUUUGCCUUUGGUGAUGUAGAUGGAGCGGGCAUAAAUGCAAAGCUGCAGCAUCCCUUAGGAGUAACAUGGGACAAGAAAAGAAAACUACUCUAUGUGGCAGAUUCCUAUAAUCAUAAGAUUAAGGUUGUAGAUCCCAAGAUGAAGAACUGUGCUACCCUGGCAGGCACAGGAGAAGCAAGCGAUGUUAUUGGUUCCAGCUUUACACAGUCAACUUUUAAUGAACCGGGAGGUUUGUGUGUUGAAGAAAAUGGCCGCUUGAUGUAUGUUGCAGACACAAAUAAUCAUCAGAUUAAAGUACUGGAUUUGGACACAAAAAUUCUUUCCAUGUUGCCUAUCCUGAGUCCAGAAGCAUGCGAUGUUCCAGAUAACCUGCCUGUGCAAAAGGAUAAAAUAACAAACCUUCCAAAACUGCCUAAAUCUGCACCAAACAUUCAACUUCCUUCACUAGCUGUAGCUCCUGGCCAGACAAUUCAGUUUUUAUUAAAGUUGACUCUUCCUCCAGAUUCAAAACUGAAUGAAGAAGCACCCAAUUCCUGGUUUAUCACAGCAGAAGAUAAUAUCUGGUUGCUUCAAGGACAGUGUCUGUCUGGAGAAAUAAAGGAUGUUUCCUGUCAAACUAUCAUUCCCUUUCAGUUACCCAGGAGCCAUAUGUCAGCUGAAGCUAUCCUGGCUGUCAAAGCGUGCCUCUACUAUUGCAGCAAAGGUAGCAGUGCCUGUAUGAUGAAAGGAAUCUCAUUCAGUCAGCCUUUGCAAAUAGCUAGUACAAACCAAGGCAGCUUGACUCAGGUUGAACUGAUGCACACGUUUUUAACCAACUAACCCAAAGCCAGCUAAUUUCAUACUUUAUUUUACUACCCACCUGUAUUUUACUGUAGGAGAAAAACUUUUCUCCGUUGUUCAUUUUCCUGGAGCUUAUGACAAAGCUAAGAAAUAAUAUACUUAGUAAAAUGAAGUUUUCCUACAGCUUAACAUGAAAAUUUAUCAUCACAACCUCAUUUCUUUUCAUUGCAGUAGCAGUGAUAAUAUUGUAAUACUCUAGACUGUUGCCAAUUGUGAAUAUAUUGGAUGUAUGCCAUUCUAAGCAAUGAGCAACAAUUUUUAGAGUCCUUUUGAAAGAGCUGGUGUUACUUUGUGAUGUUACUGUAAGAAGUUCUUUGCACUGUACAUACUGCUAGAAUAGUUAGAUCAUUUUGGACUAACAGUUACAAAUUCCUUUUGUGCCCUUACUAAAUUUUAAUAGAAUGUCAAAACGAAUAGUUUCUUUCUCUAGGCUGUAAAAGAAGUAUCUUGCUUAUUUUUCUGUAAUGGCAUUUAUGACACAUGUAUUUUGAAAAUACAUCUUAAAGUAGGUGCAGCUCUAAUUUUAUGCAAACUGAGUGUUUUGCUUAACUAGAUAUGACCGCCUAAUAUGAAGAGCAUAGUUUCAUGGAAAAAUUUCUGUGAAAGGAAGUGUUCAAGUUCCUACAGCAGAAUUUCAUGCUGAUUUCUAACAAAGAAUGUGCCUCUCUAAUCUGUAUACAUAUGAAGAAAAAAAUACCACGAAACCAUGCUGGAUUUUUUCUGAUACAUACCAAUUUACAUUUUACAUUAAGUGGUAGAUAAUGAUUGAAUAUCUAAACUGCAAAAAUUAAAUGCAACCAUUUCAAGCAGGGUGAAUCACUUUCCUACUUUUAUGAUUUCUCUGUAAAGACUUGUCUGAAGACUUCUGUCUUGCAAAUACAUAAUAUUAAGAAAAAUAUUAUACACUUGAAGUCUGAUUCAGAGUCUUUUGAAGUCACUGUUAGUCCCCCAAUUUGUAAUAGUGGCCAUGAACCAGAACUAUAUAUUUAAUAAUGGAUUAUUUGCAUUCAUGUUUAGAGGUUUUGAGCUUUUGCUAGAAAACUGGUAACCUAAUCUUUGAGUAAAGUGCUUUAAAACUGUAUUACAAAACUCUGCCUUUGGAGGUUAGGUGUUUUGCAAGUAAAAUUCCUUUAUUUUUA